AUGCCCUCCUUCGCUCAUUCGUGCAGGCCGCCCGGUUUGACUGGGCGACGGACUUUUUCCUAAAAACAAAAACAAACGAGUCUAGAGUCGUUUUAGUUUGGCGCGAGCUGUGGAGGGUCUAGUUUUUUGCCUCAGGUUGCGUCUUUCUGAAGAUGCUCCGCGGCGGCUGGAAAAGGCGGAGUGUGAUCGUGUUUGAAAAAGCCGGGUGAAUUCUGCCGCUGCAGCCGACCAAUCGGGAGUCUCUGAUUGGGAGUGAUGGACAGUAAGGGGAGGUCUUUGCCUGCAAUGCCUGAGCCAAAGAACCCCACCAGUAUGAAGCAGCUCUCCGGUUCACCAGGUGGUUGUAAGGGACGUGGUGAUGGAAGCACAGAUCCUGCUCUUCUUUUGGAUAAAGCAGCUGCGCAGAUAGCAGCCACCCCUCAAGAAGGUGUUCUGCAGAAAAUGAGUAACCACAACCACACGCACAGUCUCGACCACACUCAUGAGCGUCUGAAGGAUUUAACAUCACGCUUGUUAAAUGGUGAUCAGGAUAAAAUGCCAAAGCUCUGUGCAGCCCCUGCUUCACCAACAUUUCUUAAAGGAGUGGAUGCUGGUUCUCCGCAUGGCAGCCCGCAGAGGAUAUCUGAAUCCUCCCCAGAGCUCACACUCAAAAUAACCAAACAUUUGACUAAUGGGAAGUCGCCGCCACCAAGCCGUUAUGAAGUGAGCUAUGGAGAAGAAGGGAGCGAGGAGCUGAAUGCCCCUUUGGGCCUAUCGGAGGGCGUUCUGGACUCUCCAGAUGAUAGAAAAGAAGGGAAGAAGAGGAAGAGAGCACCUGUGAAGAAGAGAACACCUCCAAACAGAAGGCAUCCAAUUCUAGCUGCUGCUGUUGUCCCUGAGAUAUCCUCUUUUAUGCACACCACCGUCGAGUCACCAUGUGACAAAGCCACAGAAUCGCAAAACCUCGCCCCUGACACAGAUGUUCUACCUGCGGAGUCCCAUGACAUGACUGACACUGAUGUUCCCGCCUGUGGACCUCCGUUGCCUGCUUUGGUCAUGUCUGUUGCUGAGGAAGACACUUGUAUGGAAGGUGUGAAUGAGGUAAAGGUGACACAUUCACAGGAGCAAUCUCAUGCGCAGUUUGCAGUGGGUGAUGUUGUCUGGACUAAAGUGUCCGGAUACCCCUGGUGGCCAUGUGUAGUCACUACAGACCCAGAAACUAACCUUCACUUCAGGCAGAAAGCAGCAAACAGCAGGACAGGGUCAUUCUACCACAUACAGUAUUUCAGUGACGCUCCAGAGAGAGGAUACAUUGCUGGGAAGAAUAUGGUCACAUUUUCAGGAAAAGAGCAGUUCCCGGAGCUCUGCCGUGGUACCAGACAAACUAAUGCACAUACUGAUGCGAGGAGGCUAUCAAUCCCACGCAAGCUGCGAAUAUCGUGGGAGAUGGGCAUCUCUCAGGCAACAGAAGCUAUAACUUUAUCUGCAGAAGAGCGAUUGGCCAAGUUCAGUUUCACAUAUGAGGGAAACCAGCCACAGUUUAAUUCUCACAUGCUACAAGUGUUGCAGCAGCAGCGUGAACAGCAGCAGCAGCAUGAACAGCAGGAUCAUGAAACAUUUCCUGAGACAGCCAGCCUUACUCCCCCAGACUCCACUCAGUCCAGCCCAAUUACUGUACAGACUCCCAGCAGCCCUAUUCCGUUCCCCUGUCCCACCGACAGUAGCACUUCAGCAGGGAAAAUGCCCCUUGCCACUAAAGCACGUAAAGCACCAGCCAAGAAGGGGCAAUGUAAUCGUCCCAACACUUCUGUACAGAGAAGAAAGAAAGCAGUUGUUCCAGUUGUUGUUCUCCCUCACGUUGACUCUACUGUACAGGGGAUAUCCAUUGCCUCAAAUAAACCUGAACCUAAGAGAAAAACACAAUCUGGAAAAUUGCCUAAAAAGAUGUGGCUGAAACAAGAGGAUAUCCUCUUCGUUGACAUUGAACCUCAAUUAAAAGCACCUCAGAAUAAACCGCGAAAACUCAGGCAGAAGUUUCCAGCUGCACCAAGCUCUCUAAAAAGAAAGAAAAUUAAGACAGCUGCAAGUAUUGCAGAAAAUCCAAGUACAGAGCUAGCAAAGCCAGUAGAAACAGAUGAAAAGGUGGGCAAGAUAAGGAGAAAGCCUAGGAAGAACACUGCAGAAGCUGCCCCUAGAGGUAGGAAGAAGGCCUUAAAGCGUGCACUUGAAAUGAUUGAUGAAGAAGAAGAAGAGGAGGAGGAGGAGCACCAUCCUAAAAAGAGAGCCAAGCUGGGGGAGGGUGUAAAACGACGCAGGGCUGUAAAGGUGCAGACAACAGAGCCAUCUGACAGCACAAGAAGAAGAAAGAAACAAAUUUUAUCCGUGGAGAAAAGAAAGGGUUUCAGAGCAUCAGCUUCAGCAGAGGAACCUCCAGUCAAGGCCAAACGUGUUAGGAAGAGGAAGAAGGAUGGUAACCAAUUACUCGCUGCCUCUUCCAAGAAGCGUCGCCAGUUAGAGCUAGAGGCUUUGUGUGAGGACAGACCUGAUUCUCCCAGUGACAGCACAGAUGAAACCCACACGACCAAGAGGGCCAGUGUUAAGAAGGAGAGUGUGUGUCAGGUUUGUGAGAAGACGAGUGAGGACUUGGUGACGUGUGAAGGACAUUGCUUUGCUACGUAUCACUUGCAGUGUUUGGGUUUGGACCAUCCGACAGACAAGGUGCUCUGUACUGCCUGCAGGACGGGAGUGCAUGCAUGUUUUACCUGUAAACAGUCUGAAGGGGAGGUAAAACGUUGCAGUGUUCUGCACUGUGGAAAAUACUACCAUGAGGCGUGUUUGCGGUUGAGUGCGCUGACUGUGUUUGAUAACCGAGGAUUCCGCUGCCCUCUGCACACCUGCCUCAGUUGUCACUACAGCAACCGUGGUACUGCAAAAGCCACCAAAGGAAAGAUGAUUCGUUGUCUCCGCUGCCCAGUGGCCUAUCAUGCUGGAGAUCUGUGCGUAGCUGCAGGAAGUGAGAUGCUGACAUCUACUGCGAUUGUGUGUACUAAUCACUUUAACCCUAAAAAGGGUUACAGUCAUCACUCGCACGUCAAUGUCAGCUGGUGUUUCAUCUGCUCCAAGGGUGGUCGUCUGCUAUGCUGUGAGUCGUGUCCGGCUGCGUUUCAUCCUGACUGCCUAAAUAUUGCCAUGCCUGAUGGCAGCUGGUUCUGUAACGACUGCCGCUCAGGAAAGAAGCCCAAGUACAGGGACAUUAUCUGGGUCAAACUGGGCAAUUACAGGUGGUGGCCAGCAGAAAUCCGUCAUCCCAGAAACAUCCCUACAAAUAUCCAGCACCUGCGGCAUGAAAUCGGGGAGUUUCCUGUUUACUUCUUUGGGUCGAAGGACUACUUCUGGACCCACCAAGGCCGUGUGUUCCCUUAUAUAGAAGGAGACAGGGGGAGCAGGCACCAGAGGAAUGGAAUUGGGAAAGUCUUUAAAACUGCUCUUUUGGAGGCGGAGACUCGAUUUAAACAGAUAAAAAUGGAGAGAGAAGCUAAAGAGGCUCACGAGAACAACAAGAAACCGCCACCAUAUAAAUACAUCAAGACAAACAAACCAUGUGGCCGGGUCCAGAUCUACACAGCUGAUAUCUCUGAGAUCCCAAAGUGUAACUGUAAACCCACCGAUGAACGCCCUUGUAGCUUUGAGUCAGAGUGUCUGAACCGCAUGCUGCUGUACGAGUGCCACCCGCAGGUGUGUCCAGCUGGAGAACGCUGCAUGAACCAGGACUUCACCAAGCGCCUGUACCCCGAGACCAAGACCAUUCGUACCGCCGGAAAGGGCUGGGGUCUCUUAACUCUACGAGACAUCAAGAAGGGCGAGUUUGUGAAUGAGUAUGUUGGAGAGCUGAUCGAUGAGGAAGAGUGCAGAGCCAGGAUCAGAUAUGCUCAGGAGAAUGACAUCACUCACUUCUACAUGCUCACUAUCAACAAGGACCGGAUCAUAGAUGCAGGACCGAAAGGGAAUUACUCUCGCUUCAUGAAUCACAGCUGCCAGCCCAACUGUGAGACUCAGAAAUGGACUGUGAAUGGAGACACUCGCGUGGGCCUUUUUGCUGUUUGUGACAUCCCAACAGGUACAGAGCUGACUUUUAACUACAAUUUGGAUUGUCUUGGAAAUGAGAAGACUGUGUGUCGCUGUGGUGCACCCAACUGCAGUGGCUUUUUAGGAGACAGACCCAAGAUCGCUCCGACUUCAGAGUCUAAAUCCAAGCCACAGAAAAAGAAGCCUCGGAAACGGCGUGCUCGGAGCGAGGGGAAGAAGCAGUCGGAGGACGAGUGUUUCCGAUGUGGGGACGGAGGGCAGCUGGUCCUGUGUGAUAAGAAGGGCUGCACAAAAGCCUACCACCUGUCCUGCCUGGACCGCACCAAGAGGCCAUUCGGUCGUUGGGACUGCCCCUGGCAUCACUGUGAUGUGUGCGGGAAGCCUUCCGAUGCCUUCUGCCAGCACUGUCCCAACUCCUUCUGUAAGGCCCACGAGGAGGGUGCGCUUCGACCACACCCCGUCACAAGCCGACUGUGCUGUCAAGAGCACGACGACACAGACCUGCAGGCUUCAGCAGAGGCUGCCAAGGAGCUGUCCAGCACCUCUCAGGCUUCCCUUCCCAAAAAAACAGCCAGGCGUGGCCGCAACCCUGGCACCAAGAACACCCCCAAAAGGGCUACUAGUAAGACCCCCAGGAAGAGCUCAAAAAAGGCAGCAGAAGUGUAGAGCUGGUGAGACCACUCUUCUUCCCUCUCCCUUUUUCCCCUCCAUGGCCUGUCCAACCACGCCUCCUCCCUCUGCUCAUGAUUCAGUGGUAUUGACGUCGUCGUGACUGUUUUCCAAAACUGAAAGCACUGUGUUUGUGUGUGUUUGUGUGUGUGUGUGUGUGUGUGUGUGUGUAUUUGUGUCUGAUCAGGGAAAUAUGUGAAGACUGUAGAGCUCCAGGGAGCUCCCACAUCAGGUCCCCCACCCCUCACACACUCAACCUCUCUCCGAGUCGAGUGUGCGCACACUGAAAAACACACUCGCGCACACUUGAGUCAAUGUGUGAUAAACAGAGCCAACAAGACCAAACAGCCUCGUUAUAUUACACAGCAUUAUCGACGCCAAACUUGAAUCUUUUUUUAUGCCUGUUUUAAUCCUGGAGAUAGAUGCCUUUUUUUAACAGUAGAUAUGUAUAUGGAAAUGUAUAUGAAAGACCAAAAUUAUAAUACUGGAAUUAUUGAUAGUAACAGAUUGCCAGUAAGGAGUCUGAUUUUUUUUUUUUUUUUUUUUUUUUUAUUGUUUUAUUUUUUUUUUUUAAUAACCAGUGGUAUCGUUAAAUUUAAGACACUAUGGAUAGCCCUUGAAUUACAUUUUCUUUUUAUAGUCAAUAAUAGAAUGCAUUUAACUAUAGAGCAGCAUAUUUUUAGCACAUUUUUGUUAGCUCAUUUUUUUUGAGUUUACAUAUCUUGCUAGAAUGUUAAAUACGUCUCCGUGAAAUCUACCUAUUCAGAGUUGUUUUUAAAGGCACAGUAAAUUCAGACAGGGCGCUUCUGUGAUAUUUGGGUGAAAUAAAGCUUUUUAAAGCAAUUCACUGUUUGUGUUUGCUUUUUUGCUUUUGUACAAUAAUGCUGUUUUCAUUUGAAAUCUCAUUUGAAGGCUACAGUUCUCUACACCUUUACCAUGCAAAGGGAAAAAUUGUUUUCUGGUGCCACAAACAUUUUUUAGGCUACUAAGAACUAAACUAUAUAGACUAGAGUUCAAAAUCCAAGAUGGCUGCACCACACAUUAACAGUAGUAAAAGAAGUUGUGUUAUACAGUUUAUUAGUUAUAUCCAUUUUAUUGUUUCAUUAAAUCCAUCUUCUACACAAAAUACAGCGUAAUGCAUUAUAUACAAGUAUGACUAACAGUGCUAACCUGGGAAAAAUGGGACAUGUUUUUAUUGAGUAAAGGAUGUUGAACUAAAAUAAUCCUUUUUUUUUUUUCAUUUAGUGUAAAAUGAUUGUAUUGUUUAUCUGAAAUGCAGAAUAAACAUGGUAGACCAGAGAAAGUAUAAUAA